AUGAACCACUUCGUGGACAUCGACCUAAAUAAGACUUGUGGUAUUGGCCCUGGCAUUGCGUUUGCCAAUGCUGUCGAAUCGCUUGGUGGAUCAUCAAAAUUUGGUUUCAUGGGCUUGGUCCCCUGUGCUGUUGGUGGGACAAAGAUCAGUCAAUGGGAAAGAGGAACGAACUUGUACAAUCAGCUGAUAACACGGGCUAAAGCGGCUACGCUAGGCGGUGGUAGAACCCGAGCCGUGUUGUGGUACCAAGGAGAGGCUGAUACGGUCAAGCUUGAGGAUGCUAAAGCUUAUAGAGGGAGGAUGGAGAAUUUUAUCUCUGAUUUGCGUUCUGAUCUUGGAGACCCAUCUCUCUUGAUAAUCCAGACAUAUGCACGUGUUUUGCGGGAGGCCGAAUCGUACAUUGAGGCAGCUGAUUUCUGUUCGCUGACAAAGUCAGAAGAACCGGCCAAGGGCGCCGAGAAGAAACCAUCUUCUCAGCAAAACUCGACUAACAAAAAGAAAGAAAGAAACAACAAAAGAAAAGAAGUUUGGGUGGCUGAUUGCCAACAAACCAUGUCAAAGACAGCCAAGACGUACGAGCCAUAG